AUGAACUGGCUGCGCCCCCUCGCUGCGGGGGGCUGCCGGGUGCCCUUCGGGGGCCAGCACCUGGCACCGUCCUGCGCCCGGCGAGCCUUUGCCGCCCACCCCCAAAACCAGGUGGCAGAGGGUGUGGUAAAGCUCCAGCAGCCAAAGGCACAGCUGGGAACUGAUGAGGGGAAAAAGAACUUCAUUCUGAAAACCCCCAAGGGCACCAGGGACUACAGCCCCAAGCAAAUGGCCAUCCGGGAGAAAGUCUUCAACACCAUCAUCAGUUGCUUCAAGCGCCAUGGGGCUGAGGUCAUCGACACCCCUGUGUUUGAGCUGAAGGAAACUCUGAUGGGGAAGUACGGGGAGGACUCAAAGCUCAUCUAUGACCUGAAAGACCAGGGGGGAGAGCUGCUGUCUCUUCGCUACGACCUGACUGUGCCCUUUGCUCGUUAUUUGGCAAUGAACAAAAUCACCAACAUUAAGCGCUACCACAUUGCCAAAGUUUACAGACGGGAUAAUCCGGCCAUGACGAGGGGCCGCUACAGGGAGUUCUACCAGUGUGAUUUUGACAUCGCCGGCCACUUUGACCCUAUGAUUCCUGAUGCUGAGUGUCUGAAGAUCGUGCAUGAGAUCCUGAGCAUGUUGCAGCUCGGAGACUUCCUCAUUAAGGUCAACGACCGGCGCAUUUUGAAUGGAGUGUUUGCGGUAUGUGGCAUUCCAGACAGCCUGUUCCAUAGCACUUGCUCUACCGUGGACAAACUGAACAAGGCAACAUGGGAGGAUGUGAAGAAUGAAAUGGUUGGAGAGAAAGGUCUCUCGCCAGAGGCUGCAGAUCGCAUCGGGGAAUACGUUCGACUGCAUGGUGGGCUGGGUCUGAUUGAGCAGCUGGUCCAGGACCCUAAGCUGUCCCAGAACAAGCUGGCCCGGGAGGGGCUGGGAGACAUGAAGCUGCUGUUUGAGUACCUGACCCUGUUUGGCAUUGCAGAUAAGAUCUCCUUCGACCUGAGCCUGGCGCGGGGUCUGGAUUAUUACACUGGGGUGAUCUAUGAGGCCGUCGUGCUGCAGCCUCAGAACGCCCACAGGGAGGAGCCAGUCAACAUGGGCAGCGUGGCUGGAGGCGGCCGUUACGACGAGCUGGUGGGGAUGUUCGACCCCAAGGGGCGGAAGGUGCCCUGUGUGGGAGUCAGCAUCGGAAUCGAGCGGCUCUUCUCCAUCAUGGAGCAGGAGGUGGAGGCUUCUAAGGAGAAGAUCCGGACGACCGAGACGCAGGUGCUGGUGGCAACCCCCCAGAAGAACUUCCUUGAUGUGAAACUGAAACUCAUCUCUGAGCUGUGGGAUUCUGGGAUCAAGGCAGAGAUGCUGUAUAAGAAGAACCCCAAGCUGUUGAACCAGCUGCAGUAUUGUGAAGACACGGGAAUCCCUCUCACAGCCAUCAUAGGAGAGCAGGAGCUGAAAGAUGGAGUCGUCAAACUACGAGUCGUAGCUAGCAGGGAAGAGGUCAAUAUCCCUAGGGAGAAGCUUGCUGAGGAAAUCAGGAGAAGGUUGGAGUCCUAGAGCCUUUCUGUGCACAGCAGCUUGACUCACUGGACCUAUUUCCUGCCGUGUUGAUUGUUUCCAGCCCUGCGAUGCACUGGAGUUCCUAGGCCAGUAACAUGGCACUGCCAGGCCAUGAUUCCAUGAGGAUUUGGGCAGUGCUGAUCGGGCUGAAGGCUGGCCACCUCCUGCUGCACUGAGAUUAACCUUGCCCCAUCAAUCUUAUGACUUGGUACAACAUCUCACUGUGUAGGGAGCGGACACAUUUUAAAGGCAUAGGGCAGAUUACCAUUGGUUAGACCUCUCAGGUUAAGUAGCAUGAGGAGUGGGUCUGUUUUAAUGUGUUUGUAUUACGGUAGCAAGCUCAUUGGUCAAAGCGGAGCUCCUACAUUUGCAAUAAGGCAGAUUCCCUUGCAAUGACCUAGGCCUUAGCAAAUUAACUCUGCACUAUCUUGAAGGAAUUCACACCUGCCAGGUCCUGUACAAUGCCCAGAUGCCUUUGCAAGUUGACUCAGCAAUUUGCUAUGUUCAGACUUGCUGCGGGUGGCCUUGUGAGCAUCCUCAUGUAUCCAGAACCUCCAUGGAAACUUGUCCUUAGAAUCUAUCUGCCCUUCACCUGUGCGAGGCAGCUCUGAAUCACUGGAAGGUCAGUCCCCAUCUGUGGGGCUCCCUUUCCCCACCCCCAGUCAUGGAGCUGAACUAGAAAAUUUCUCUUUCCCUGCUCAGCGGGAUGGGAGUACCACUACUGUCCAGGAUACACAUGAACUAUGCUUCAAGGAUGCUCUUCAGUAUCCCUACAUGUCAUUGGGAGAUUGGACAUGAUAUUCCCAUUUUGUGCCUGGGCUGGGCUGUUGGCCUAGUGCUGCACAGUAGCUACAUCCCUCCUCCCAGGAAAUGACCCCAUUUUAGUGAUCUAGUCUCUUCUCCAAUGGUUCUGUUUAAAGUGAAUGAGGCUGUGGAUGAGCCGAGACUUUGGUUUCCAUGCAAACAUGGAUAAAUGAUGUAAAUAAAAUACUGUGGGUUGCUGAGGA